AGAAAUACGUCUCUGUCGGUCAGCGGUAACGGUCAGGAAUGGAUAGAAGUAUUUCUCGCACCUUAUCGAAGAGUCCAACAGUUUCCAAAUAAUUAUUAUCGUUUUACGCGAUUGUCGUGCGACCCGCGGUGACGUGUAAAUUUCCGUCGAGAAAUCGUUAGUCGAAACACGCUGAAAAUUCGCGGUGAAAAAUCAACCCGUACGAGCCUCGCGUCGAACUCUCGGGGACCCAGAGGACAAGCACCGUGUUUCGUCGUUGGUAUGACCGCGCUUGUGCCGACAAUUAACUUCGCUGUACGUCAACAAACAAACAAUGCUUCGGCAGACAUUUGGUCUGAUCAAGGUCGGCGUACGUAACAGGUGUACGAGUUACUCGGGGACGUACGCAACCGUCAUACGACCACUACAUUGAUCGCGCGAUGUCCCAAGCCGGGUAUGAAUUCGACUUAGAGGACACUAUACUUUCUAUAAGUUCCGACAAGCGUCGGUAUAGUUCAAGUACCUAGCCAAGGGUGAACGAGACUAGUCACGUCAUUGCAAUCCUCCCACUCUGACCAUUUCGAAGACACGAGUAUAACGAGCUUGCGUGCGUAAAAUCCCCCAUACCUGUACGGAUGUUCGUCGAUCAUCGCUUCGCAAUUUGAUAGUCAGUGAUCAGUGACCGAGGACAGUUUGUUUGCGUGCCAGUGAGCGGUGCUCGAUCAAAAAAGCAAUGGGAAAGCCCAAGUUUCGCACUCAGAUAAUCGUCGGAAUUGCGGCGACGUUUUCUUUCACGAGUCCGGGAUUCCAUCUGGGUUGGCCGUCCCCGUCUCUGCCGUCUCUUCAGGCGGCCGACUCCGACAUCCCCAUAACGUCUAGCGAAGGGUCAUGGAUCGUCAGUUUUUUGACAUUCGGGUGCCUUUUCGGUGCCCCGAUAGCUGCUCUGUUGGUCGACAGUCUCGGCAGAAAACUGUCCUUAUUAUUGGGAGCAUUUCCUUUGAUCGUAGCCGGCAUCCUUCUGCAUGUCGCGGACAGUUUCUGGUGGCUCAUCGCCGCAAGGUUCAUGGCCGGAAUCGGUACCGGUAUGAUGUUCACGGUGGCACCGAUUUAUCUAGCCGAAAUAGCCAGCGCCGAUAUUCGCGGUGCUUUGACGUCGAUGAUCAGUCUUUCGAUCAACGUCGGAAUACUGCUGACCUAUUGCGUGGGCCCUUGGGUAAGCCGAGUGACCCUAGCGAGUUUGGGGACGGUCGUUCCCAUAAUAUUUGUCCUUAUGUUCGUCUGGGCACCGGAAUCACCCUAUUACUUGAUAAUGAAGAACGAUCGAAAAAGUGCGAUCAAAAGUUUGCAAUGGCUGAGAGAAGACGGCGACGUUAACGCGGACGUGGGAAAGAUCGAAGAGAGCAUAGAGUUUGAUCAAAAACACGCGGGUACUUUCAGGGAUCUGGUACUGGUGCCGGGUAAUCGUAAGGCGCUCUACAUCAUCGUAGGUAUAACGAUAGCCCAGCAAUUCAGCGGUGUUAUCGCCAUUCUUUCCUAUUGCGGCCUGAUAUUCGAGACGGCCGGAUCGACGUUGGACCCGAGCAUUUCCGUGAUCAUCGUCGGAGCGGUCCAGUUCAUCAGCGGAAUAGUGUGCAUCUUUACCGUAGAUCUGACCGGUCGAAGACCAUUGUUGUUGAUCUCCACCGUCGGGUCAUCCAUAUUCCUGGGAGGGGUGGCUCUUUACUUUCAACUGAAAGCUGGAGGGACGGACGUCAGUUCGAUCUCCUGGCUUCCGUUGUCCAGCUUGGUCGGAUACAACAUAGCUUACACGAUCGGCUUGGGUAUCAUCCAGUGCGUUAUUCUUUCGGAGAUUUUUCCGUACAACGUUAAAGCUCUGGCGGGUAUGACGUGCGCGAUGACCGGAAGCUUCGGAGGAAUGGCGGUAGCAAAGUUUUAUCAAGUCGUCGCCGACGGGUGGGGAAUUCACGCCGCUUUCUGGAGUUUUUCAGGAUUCACGAUAUGUUCGGCGGUGUUCACGCUGAUCGCCGUACCGGAGACGAAGCAGAGAUCGCUCCAGGAGAUUCAGGAACAGUUGCACAAAACCACCGAGUCAAAAAUUGCGUUGGAAAAGUCCGGCGAGUGACGAUCGAUGCAGAACGAACGCGACGUCGUUUCAAAGAAAUAGAGAAUCGAACGAUAAUCGGAGAUCUUCAUUUCUAACCGACGCGACGGUUCGUUGUCAGGAAUUCCAGUCGAUUUUAUUUUAUUUAUCCACCGUGUAUAUUCAAGCUAUGGUUAUGUAACAAGUAUAUAUACCUACGGACAUGUUCGUUUCGGCGUCACUAGGCCUAGAUAACGUCGAGUCGCAUUCACGUACGGGUACGAACUGCAAACAACGUGGGCAGAUAACCCGCUAUCGCGACUCGUCAAUGUCAAUGUGCAACGAGUGACCUUCCCCGAUGACCAAAUCAACUCUAUGAUCCCUGUGUAUAGCGGAGGUCCUGCUUGAAACGGAGCAGAGGUCACUCUGAGAAAUCCAGAAGCGAUUACACGAGAGAAACCAAUCAAAGAAAUAGGUUUUAAGAAUCAGGUGAUUCGCGAAUGUCCGAUAUAAAAAAAAAAAAAAAAAACGUUGGCAUCGGUAAACGUAACUGCUCAAGUUAUACUUCGAAGUGAAUUUUUUCUCGUUCUCUUUUUUGCUAUUUGGUGAUACGCAUUUGUUUGUCACAGUUGAUGCUAUGUUUAUAUCGAUUCGUUCAUACAAUCUCACAGUUAUCGCCGUGUGGAAAGAAUACUCAGUUUUGUACAACUCGAUCUAUAGUUACGGUCGAUUUGGUAAAAAGACAACCUCAUCGAAUGCAUCAUAUCCGACGAGAGAAACA